AGUCUUGUAAUUACAUAGGGUGUAUCUCUUUGUUUACAGUAACUCAUUUUUCCCUUCCAGGCUCAACAGAUGGUCCUGAAAACUACCGCCAGACCAUGAUAACAGCUAAACAGAGCUGGCCCCUUGGUGAUGAUGAGCCUCCACCCGCAGUGCCAGCCAAAACAGCAGCAGCGUACCAAUACUCCGAUCCACCGCCACCGCCUCCCCACAACCACGCUCCCAGCCCCCACCACCUACCUCUCAGCCACACUCACUCUCCGUACCUUCAGCCGCCACCUCCCAAACCUGUGCUCCAACAGCCUUCCCUGAUACAACAGCACCAGCAUCCACAGCAGCCGUCAACUCAGCCCCUGUCGAUAUCGCCGUACCAGUCGCCUCCCGUGCCACAGUCUUCGAAGAAACCACAGAGUCAGAAUUCUGUGCCGCUAGAACAUCAUCACAGAUCACCUAAACCCUUGGUAGAGACUGUACAAGACCAGAAAAAUUCUCCAUCAUCUGAUCAGAAUAAACAGACUGUGGUUGGGCAGAACAGGGCUGAGGAUGUAGUAGUCAGUGAGAGCAGUUCUGAGAGCUCGGACGACGAGGGGAUUUUUCACAAAUUCUCUGCCCCAAAUAUCUUCAAGAAGUGGCGUUCUAAUUCAAACAAGCAGGCAAUUCCACAAGUCCCUUCGUCUCCUAAAGCUACAAGCUCUCAUUUCUACACUCCAAGAGAAAUGAAGGAAGAGAAGGACGUGGAAAAGGACAACAUGAAAGGAGUAAAAGAACAGAAAGAUAGCACUGCAGUUUCGUCACCGACCUCACCAAAACCCUUAGUGAAGGCAUUUGAAAGAUUAAAAUUCAACCCCAAAUCUGUAGCUGCCAAUUUCAAGUCGUAUUUGAGUCCACGUGGGGAUAAGAUUGAGGGUGAUAAUGGAGGAGGUGCUGAGGGCCAUCCCAAUGAAUCGCCAAGUGGGAAUUUCGUAAACUCACCUGGCACUGGCACCAGAAACAUCCAGAAAAGUGCCAGCUCUGGCCCCACCAUCACUGCCUUCUCACAAGUGGUACAAGAUUACAAAUACCCAAACCCCAUACCAAAGAAGCCGGCUGGUCCCCGUGACAUGCCAGCACAAAUGAGAGGCUCCACCCCAACCAACCCCCAGGUUAAGGUCAAAACAGGUCGUCCACGGCAACAAUACCUAUAACUGGAUCAUACAUGCCUACCUAUGUGCUAGCUCAAGCCUCUACAUAUGUACUCUUCAUCAAAGUAGUUGAUAUAUCAAAAUAAACAGAUGGAAAUUCUUGUUUAUUUGUCAUUAUUAUAUAAUUUUUUUCAUUAAUAAGUUUUUUGUAUCAUUGUCUUUAUAUUUUUAAACAACUGACUGAUUGAUGAAUACCAAAACUUCCAAAUCUUUCCUUUGAAUGAUCUCUAAGUUACUGUAAAGCAAGCUUUUAAUUAACUUUGUUAUAUAUAUAUAUAUAUAUAUAUAUAUAUAUAUAUAUAUAUAUAUAUAUAUAUAUAUAUAUAUAUAUAUAUAUAUAUAUAUAUAUAUAUAAAUAUAAAUACUUAUUCAUUUACAUUUACUUUUUGCCAAAUAUGUUGAAAUAAGCUUAAAAUGGAAGAGUAUCUUCAACCUUACCCAGAGGAUGAUAAAUUUUACGAUUGUCUUUUACCUGAUAACAUUUUGAUCUCUCAACUCAUUUUCAAUCUUGAUGAGGAAAACACGAAUAUCUGCAGUAGAGUCCAGAUCUUUUCUAUAUUAGUUUUAAUAUUCUGAAUUUCUAUAUCAUACUUGUAAUUAAUGUAUCAUGCUUGUGAUCAAUCCUGCUUAAGCUGUAAAUAGUGCAAAAUCAGUGUUACUUUUUUCUUUUUUUCUUUUUUUCUUUUUCUUUUUUUUUUUUUGCUAAUAUUAAUGAUAAUUUUUUUCUCUCAGAUUUUCUAGCCCUUCACACCCUUUCAGAGUAAAGUCCUAUCAGACAUGGCCUUCACAACCAUCAUGUUUUAUUUAAAAUGUUUAGUGCUCACCAUUGUCACCAGAGUAAUUAUUAUAUUAUGAUAUUUUUGACCCCCCUCCAUUUUUUAAUGGCUAUCGUUCUGGAUACUUUAUUUUACAGAGUUUUAAUCUGUGAAUACUGUACAGCAGAAGCCUGCUUUUAGAAAUAAUUUUUAGCUACAUCGUAAAAUAAGCAAAAAAAAAAACGACAAAAAAACAAAAAAAAAGGAAAAAAGGAAAAAAUGCAUCUCUUUGGAGUUGGGUCAUGUUAAGGUCAAGCAAAAUGAGUUCAGAAAUGAUGAUUUACGCUUGAUUUAAACAUUUUAAAAAUGAUAAAAAUAUUAGCCAUACAACUUAUAGAGCACUGCCCUGUAUAUAGCAACUUUGUUGAUAUAUUUAAUGAAAUCUUAGUUAUAAGUGUUUUUAAUACUUGUAUAUUAAUAGAUGACAUUUUGCAUUUCCCAGUCGUUAUGAUGAGCCUUAAAACUAUUUCUGAUGGACAAUCACCUGUAAGUAAUGAUUAAAUAGACCAUGCUUAGUUUUUCA